AUGAAGAGAAAAGAUGUCACGUUGCAAGUGGGUAGUUGGACAUUGGUGAAGUUACAGCCAUAUAGACAACGUUUGGUCCAGAAGUUAUUCCACAAACUCUCACCAAAGUACUUUGGGCCAUUUGAAGUAUUGGAAAGGAUUGGGGAAGUUGCUUACAAGCUGGAGCUCGGGGCCGACAAUAGAAUACACAAUGUCUUCCAUGUCUCGCAAUUAAAAUCAUUCCAAGGUACCCCUGCUGCUGUUGAAAAUAUUCCCCAACUUAGCACACAACCAAACAUGACCGGAAAAAUUGUGGGUGAACAAGACAUAAUGGUGCAAGGAAAAAUUAAAAAACAGUUGUUAAUCAAUUGGGAUGGGGCCCAAACAGAAGACCAAACUUGCGAAGAUGCAGAAGUUAUAAGUAUUCAAUGCCUAGAGAUGCUAGCAACAAGGAGGCAAACAAGACAACACUCUCUUCGUCGGGGUCGACCAACUUCUGAUGGGGGAAAUGAUGUUACGAUCCACGAACAAGAAAACACACCCUCCUCGGUCCUAUGA